UACCUCGUGGAGAGUGAAUAAAAUCUCUGCUGUUUAUUAUGUAACGAUCGCUGAUAUCUGUGCAGAGAAAUCUUUCUCACGCGAUACAUUUGAUUUAUGAAGACAGUUAAUUAAAGUGUGACUCGCUCUGCUGAUCAUUUGGAAUUUGAGAUAAUGCCCAACAAAGCCCAAGAGGAUGCUGUAAUUAACCUGAAGACACUGCAGGAGAUUUCCACUCAGCUUGGUUUUGAGUGGACGGUUCUGGCGUAUGAGCUCGGCUUUAACAGAGCUGAAAUCGGGCGCUUCCACAACAAAUCCACAGAGAAAAGUGUCCAGGCCAGGACCAUGUUGGGAAACUGGUAUGAGAAGUCCUGGGACAAGCCCAAUAAGACCAAGCUGCUGCAGGACGGACUGGAGCGAGCAGGCAGACGGGACCUUGCUGAGAGGCUGCGUUGCCUCCACUGGGGCCACCAGAAGCUGAGCCAGAGGGUGGAGCUGCCCUCUGCCUUCCCCUUCCUUAUCACAGUCCACAAGACCAUCCGCAACCAAGACGCACUGCGCAGGAUCAACGACCUCAACCGUAGAUACACUUAAAGCUGCCUAUGGCCAUAAUUCUUACUUUACAAGAAUAUAGUACUGCAGCCUUCAAUAAUCUCAAAUUAAUAUGCUGAAUGUCACUUAACAAAUGAAUGAGAAUCAUGUGACAUGAAGUCAUGCAAAA